UUUCAAAGCUUCCAUCUGAGAGAGCGAGAGAAGACGAGAGAGAGGGAUAGAGAGAGCAGGGUUCGCACGUUAGGAGAGAUUUUCUGCCUUUAAAAAAAAAAAAAUUUCUUCGGCUUCUGUCUUUUCCUUUGCGUUUGAGAUCCAAGAUCUUCCUUCAGAAAUCUAGGGUUUCUUUUACGGGAAGUAGGUCUUCUUGAUUUCCACGGUCAGAUUUCACCUGAUCCGAUGAACGAUCAUUCUCAGAUGAUAAAUCGAAGCUACGGGAUGUGGCCUCCGCCGGCCCUCCCAGAAGAAUCAAUGGUCGCGAAUUUCCCCAAUCCCAAUCAACCUCGCCCGAUCUUCACCGCAAUGAAGCCGGGCCGUAGCAAUUGGAAGGGAAAGAAGCCUGUUGACAAGCGUAAACAACUGCAGCGAAAGGAGAAGGCUACCAUAGCCGGCGGUGGCAGUGGAUACAAACCCCCCACUCUUAAUGAGCUGCAAUCUCAGAACCGUGCGAAAGCCCGGAGAUUCUACCCCAAGAAAAAAUUCAACCGAUUUGCGCCAUUUGCCCCUCGGAACACGACAUCCUUCAUCAUCCGUGCCAAGAAGUCCGGUGGGAUUGCAUCACUUGUUUCACCAUGCCCUGUCACGCCAGCAAUUCUCCCAACUCCGAUCUUCUCCCCAUCGCGGGAGGUCCUUGUAGACAUGGCGAAGGAGGAGUGGGGUGUAGAUGGGUAUGGGACAAUGAAUGGCCUGAUCAGGCUCCGGUCACCGGGCCACGAGAUCCGUGGUGAUGAGGAAGAGGAGGAAGAUGGGUCGAGCGAGAGCGACGUUGAAGAGCAUGUUGAGGUGGAGAGGAGAUUGGAUCAUGAUCUGAGCCGGUUUGAGAUGGUGUAUCCGAAUUUUGGGGAUGAGCACUCUAACCUGCUGGAGAACCGGGUUGAUGAUCAGGACACACAUAUAGCGCAGCUGGAGGAGGAGAAUCUGACACUGAAGGAGCGUCUUUUCUUGAUGGAGAGUGAGAUGGCAGAUUUGAGGAGGAGGCUGCAGUGCUUGGAGACAGAUAAUCGGGUAAGGGAGGAGAACCUGGAGGAGGGGUCGGACAACGAGGGGGGUGGGGAUGUUUGCUCGGAGAAGAGCGUCGGCGACUGAGUUUUGUCGUCGUGCGCAAUGUAAGUUUCUGGUUUUUGUACAUAUUUCGUCACUGUUUGUGAAAAUAUCAGGACAUAUGGUUUCAAUUUUAUUUUUUUUUCCAAUGUUGUAGGUUGUUUAAGGAUGGUAGGACCUUUUUUUUUUUUUUUCCUUUGUUUCUAUGCUUGGUUUUUGGAGUUUAAAGCUCUGAACUUCAGGAAAAUGAAAAACUGAUGUUGACAUUUCCCAUUUCA